AUGUCCAUGGGAUUGAUAGGAGCAGAAGAAGAAUAUGCUCAACAAUAUGAUAGUGUGACCGGCCGCCCAUAUACCCCCGCGGGUGUGCUUAUAGGAAUCCAAUAUCAUCCUGAAAUGACAUUCGCCGACACUAACAGAGAGGAGCCUCAAUCUGCACGAGAGGACAAGCGAUGCGCAUUAUGGACCGAAGGAGCAUGUAGUAUGAUUUCAGUGAUCGAGAGGAAGUUGAGAUGA